AUGUUAUGUUUGACCGAGGAUACUCUUUCAAUACCUUCGCAGGUGUCGAGGAGUAGGUUGACCCAGACACGCCUCUCUCACUCCUUCCCGUUCUAUUGUGUUGAUCAGCCUGAUCGUGACUUCCGACCCGCUAUGAUGGAGUUGUCCAUCGAUUCGCUCGUUAUCUUGGAUCCAAAUUCCAGGGAAGUGAUCCCUGAGUCCGAUAUCGUCCAAACUAAUUUCACCGAACCGGAUGAUGAGAAGCUCCAGUUUCAAGACUGCGUGGAAACCACCAGUAGUAUUGAUCGAGUUCCUUCUGACCGAAGUCCGAUUUCCUCACCCUUCAAACGAUGGGUGAACAGUCUACGACCUAGGAAGACGUUUGAACCACAACCAUAUAUUGAAGGCUGGCAGUGCACUUCCCAGGAAAAUGGCGGGCCAAAGUACCUCUCGCCCCACCAAGGUUCUUUGGAACAGCAAUGGGAGAAGAGCUCUGGCAAAUCCUCCCACCUAGGCACCAUCAAGACCGCAACAAUGAGCAUUACGAGUCAGAGUGUUAUCAGAUCAAGGAGAACUACACAGAGCACCACAAAUCAAAGCAAAUCUGACAUCCGGAACUCAAUUGAUAGCCUGAGGCCGACCUUGACUACUUCAAUUGAUGAGGAGGCUCAGACCCGUGCUACCAAACGACGGCAGGUGCUCCAAGAGAUCAUCACAACCGAGUCUGAUUAUAUCUUCGACCUGAAGGCUCUUACGAAUUUGCUCUUGAUGGUAUCAGCGCGUCCCGAAAUAUACUACAAUGUCCAAAGCAUCCGUGAAGCCCACGAGAAGUUCCUUAAUCGGGUUAAGAACCUGAUACCGACGUAUAAUCUUUCCCGGAUGCAGAUCGAGCGAGUAAUGCGCCCACACGCCGUUGAUUUGAGUGCUAGGGCUUUCCCUGGCCGGUCCCUGAGAACGCAAAAUCUAAAGGUGUUAGUUGAUCGCCGCCUGAAGGAACUAGCUUCAGAGGCAAAUGAAGCUCUCAUAGUUGCUCGAGAGAUUGGAUGCUUGUCAAAGUCCUUCAUAUACUACAAAGAGUUCUGUGAGAACUAUGAACUCUUAGCUGAGGAUGCCUCCAUUUUACGCAAGUCAAUUCGGAAUUGGCCAGGUUUUGAACAAGGUUUAGAGGCUUUGACGAGAUCAACCGCAUCAAUAGAGACACGUUCACUCUACGACAACAAAUCGUUAUGCCUGAAUGAUAUCCUUAUCAAGGUUCGUGUCCCCGCCCAGCGUCUCUGCAAAUACCCGCUUCUUCUUCAAGAGCUGUUAAGAUGGACUCAUAUUCAGGAUGAUCCAUCUGCGCAUGACGAAAUCCGCCGGGUUUUGGGGAGUGUCCGCGACCUCCUUGCGGAGAUCAACGACGCCACCUCGACCACACUAAACAGAAACCUUAUUGAGAAGACUUUCUUCCUCCAAGAAAUGCUCGAUUUUAAAUCCAUCGCCACUGUCGAUAUUUAUAAACAGCUAGGACCUAUGACCCUUUGUGGUGUAUUGCACGUUACCUACCGAGCGUCUACUCAACCCAGACAAGUAACUGGAGCCUUCAUGGUAUGCGUCUUAUUUAAACAUCAUUUCUUCCUCGCCAGAAUGAACGACGAAUACCGAAAACUUCGACCACUUGCCUGUUUAUACAUUUCCGACAUGAGAAUAGAUAGUUUAACGAAUGGAAAAGGUUAUGAUUAUUACUGUGUAUUUUCCUGGAAGUUAUUGUUCCAGCUUCGUGAAGAGAAAUUUGAACUUGUCCUGAGUGCUUCGUCUGCAGCGGAAGAGAAGCAAUGGAAGACGGGCAUCCUCAAGUCUGUGGCAGCAUCAGUUGAUGUGCCGAAUGCAAUAUCGUCAGAACAGCGGAGGUGCUCAUUCCUAGCCCUAGACGUUGUGCCAGAGGAGGAAGUUCCGGAGUUUGUGCCUCAACUAUCACGUCGACCUUCACUACAAACUCUAGGCACUAUAGGCAUGCAACGAGCCCGUUCCAACUUACAAGCAAUAAUAAUCCGGAAGACACAUUGCCCGCACAAGCACGGCCAGCCUCAACAGAUUGAUGGUGAACUAGAGCGCUAUAGAAUUCCUUCUUUCGUCUCGCAGCCCUUGACAUUCAUGGCCAGAAGACAAGAUAGGAUCCGUCUAGAGCGCGCCAUUCUGCACAUUUACACUCGGGAUGCACUUCCAUACCCUGGUAUGUUUCUAGCAACGGGAGAACUGUUGUUCGGGUCGAGUUCGAUAAUGAGGCAUCUAAGCCUCCGGUCAAAGCGAUAUAACCGGUCUAGCUCCAUAAACCUACCGGCCACUUUGCAAAAUAUAAGUGAACCACAAGUAAUCGAUGAGGCUGACGAAAAAACACAAAAGCCGGACAAGCGAAAGAGACGGGAUGCAUCAGAUUUCAGCCAUAGCCUGGACCAUGAGAAGGGCUGGACCAUGCACAAAGAUAGCGCCCUGCUCUUGGGCCGUUCCAAGACGAUGCGGGUGAAAAAUAGCCCUAGGACCAGUUAUAAUCCUAUUUUGCAGCCAGCAGCUAAGGUAGAUAAGAGCCCCGAAAGUCCAGAAGUCACUCUUCCGCGCAAGGGUAUCUGGUCAAUAUUCAACUCCAUGUCGUUGCGACGAUCAAAGAAGAAUGCCAGCUCGAAUCUUGGUGGAGUGUGA